CUGGAGAGCAGGUGCCUACGUCAUCACCGGGCGCCAGCGUCGCUGCCUACUGUCCGGGCAAGGUCGCUUGGUCCCUGAGCAGGGGUCUCUGCGGCUCGAUCCAGUUUGUUCUAGGCGGCGAGAUUGAGGAGAUGUCGGGGUUCACUCCAGAUGAGAAGCUGCGGCUGGAGCAGCUGCGAGCCCUGAGGAGACAGUGGCUAAAGGACCAGGAGCUGAGCCCCCGGGAGCCCGUACUGCCCCGGCAGAAGACUUUGUCGGGCUUCUGGGAGAACUUCCUGCAGACCGACUCCAUCUGGAGGAGAUUUGCUUUUAAGACAUAUCGAAAUGGAAUGUUUGUUUUUGCUAAUUUCCUUAUACCAGCCUGGAUUGUUCACUAUUAUGUCAAAUAUCAUGUACAAACAAGGCCAUAUGGCAUCGUUGAAAAGAAACCCAAAAUAUUUCCAGGUGAUAAAAUUCUGGAGACUGGAGAAGUGAUUCCACCAAUGAAAGUUUGUGAUAUACAUGAUUAUCAUUAAAAAAUGUUCUUAAAAUUCCAAAA